AGUCAGAUCUUUUAAGUGUAUGUGAGAAACAAAAUAAUCUAGAUGUAAGAACAAACUACUUUAAAUGCAUAUUAUUCUUCCCUGUAUUUGAACAAUUUGUCCAAAACACAAUCCAUUCAUGUAGGAUUUUUGCCUGUUCACAUCUAAGUGGGAAUCAGUAGUUUCUUUGUUGGUCACUAUGGAAACAAGUCAGCCUAUCCUGAAAAGCUCUUAGAUCAUACAGAGCGAUGCCAGUGUCUCAGUGUAGCUCCUCACUGAGCAAGCCAGAGCUGGCUUCUGCCUGCCUCCAACUCUUGCGUGCCUGGAGCCAGUGUCAUGCAGGUGCAGGACCCAUCCCGGAGGCCUUCGGCUGUGCACCUCCUCAGUGCCUUUCUGCAGGGCCGCAGGCACUCCACCUCUGACCCAGUCCUGAGGCUGCAGCAAGCCCGCCGUGGCUCUGGCUCUGCCACCAAGCUGCUGUCCUCAUCGUCUCUCCAGGUGAUGGUGGCUGUGUCUUCUGUCAACCGUACAGAGGGGAAUUCAACUUUUCCCGAGAGAAAAAAAAAUUCCGAACGCCCAACACCAAAGUACACAAAGGUGGGAGAACGUUUACGGCAUGUCAUCCCUGGACACAUGGCAUGUUCCAUGGCAUGUGGUGGGAGAGCAUGUAAGUAUGAGAACCCAGCCCGCUGGAGUGAGCAAGAGCAAGCCAUUAAGGGAGUUUACUCAUCCUGGGUCACUGACAGCAUCCUGGCCAUGGCUCGUCCGUCCUCUGAGCUGCUGGAGAAGUAUCACAUCAUCGAGCAGUUCCUCGGUCAUGGCAUAAAAACAAUUAUCAACCUGCAGCGCCCUGGUGAGCAUGCCAGCUGUGGGAACUCUCUGGAACAAGAAAGUGGUUUCACAUAUCUUCCUGAAGCAUUCAUGGAGGCUGGCAUUUAUUUCUACAACUUUGGGUGGAAGGACUACGGUGUAGCAUCUCUCACUGCCAUCUUAGACAUGGUGAAGGUGAUGACAUUUGCCUUACAGGAAGGAAAAGUAGCUGUCCACUGCCACGCAGGGCUUGGGCGAACAGGUGUUCUAAUAGCGUGCUAUUUAGUUUUUGCAACAAGAAUGACUGCUGACCAAGCGAUUAUAUUUGUGCGGGCAAAACGUCCCAAUUCCAUACAGACCAGAGGGCAACUGCUCUGUGUACGGGAGUUCACUCAGUUUCUGGCUCCACUCCGUAAUAUUUUCUCUUGCUGCGAUCCCAAGGCACACGCUGUUACCUUAGCCCAGUACCUGAUUCGCCAGCGUCAUCUGCUUCAUGGCUAUGAGGCACGACUUCUGAAAUACGUGCCAAAGAUCAUCCACCUAGUUUGCAAGCUGCUGCUUGACUUGGCUGAGAACAGGCCAGUAGUGAUGAAGAGCAUGCUAGAAGGACCAGGACUCUCUGCUGAAAUCGAGAAGACUGUGUCUGAGAUGGUCACAAUGCAACUGGAUCAAGAAUUACUGAGGCAGAACAGUGAUGCACCUGACCCGUUUGACCCCACUGCAGUGGUGGCUGAGUUUGAGAACCAGGAUGGGAGUCUUUCUAAUGAGCAAGACUUUGACCCCCUCUGGAAGAGAAGGAAUGUAGAGAAUCUUCAGCCCCUGACACAUCUGAAAAGGCAGCUCAGCUACAGUGACUCAGACUUAAAGAGGGUCAAAGCUACCCUGGAGCAAGGGGAGACACCUUGGACAGUGCCUGCCCAGGACGUGCUGGGCCACAGUCUCCAGCAUCAGAAACACAUCAGCCAGUGUCUCAUACCACAGUCUCCAGAGCUGGGCUUAGACAAGGAAGCACUGAUUCACAGCACAUUUCCCCUCUGGACCCAGUCCAAAUGUGGAGGCUUAGAGGGACUCAAAGAGGAUGGCUCUCCGCUUUUCUGUAGGAAGGACACUCCAAAGGAAGUACAGCGGAGCAGAACCUUCUCCGUGGGUAUUUCCUGUUCGCACAAUCCUGGAGAACCAGUGCCACCCAACUUUGCAGGUGUCCAUAUGAGUCCAGAGCAAGUCACCCACUGUCGCUGUGAGGCUCCUGGUAGGUGGAUUCCAGGCUCUGUUCAGGAGGAGGGGAGGACUCCCUGCAGCCCUCUAAACUGUGACUCCAGUCUUAAGGCCCAGCUCCCACAAGGACAGGAAACCAAAGACAGCUCAUACCUGUCGGAAGCAAUGGCACAGGCUGGUUUUCAGUCUGAACUGAGUGCUGAAGCCAGGAGAGUCCUGGCAGCCAAAGCCCUUGCAAAUUUAAAGGAGUUUGUGGAAAAGGAAGAAGUGAAAAGGAAGGUGGAAAUGUGGCAGAAAGAAUUAAAUUCCCGAGAGGGAGCCUGGGAAAGAAUAUGUGGUGAGAGAGACCCUUUCAUCUUGUGCAGUUUGAUGUGGUCGUGGGUGGAGCAACUAAAAGAGCCUGUAAUCACCAAAGAAGACGUGGACAUGUUGGUUGAUACAGAAGUGGAUGCUGGUGAAGCCCUGUUUUUACUAGAGAAGGGGCAGUACCAGACCAUUCUCUGUGUGUUGCAUUGUAUAGUGAGCCUGCAGACCCUUCCUGUGGAGGUGGAGGAAGCUUGCCUUUCACAUGCCAUUAAAGCUUUCACCAAGAUUAGUUUUGAUUCUGAAGAUGGACCAAUAGUUUACAACACCCUGAAGAAAAUAUUUAAGCACACAUUGGAAGCAAAGAGAAAAAUGGCAAGAGACAGCCCUAGGCCUGGCCUCUCCUGAAGCUUUCCUCUCUAGACGAGUAUCCAUCCCACAUAAGGUAGCUUCUGUCCCCACGUGGAUGUGGCAUGCUGGCGCUGCCCCUCCUUGCCACCUCCAUUGUCAACACUGCAUCUCUUGUGCUGAGAAUAAUGGUUCCUUUUUGGAGUAGUUAUUUAUUUUAAAAUAUCUUUGGUCUGUGUCUUGAGAACUUGCCAUAAAGUUGGUGCCACUUUAUUUAUUUAUUGAAUUAAUAUAGUUGUGUUGACAUUUUAUGUAUAUUUGUGUCCUUACUCUUUUUGACAUUUUGGAGGGGAAAAAAAAUAACCUUUCCAAAACAGUUAUUUUCUUAACAGAACUCUCCCUGGAGUUUCUAUCAAAUAGAUCAUUUUAGUAGUAAAACCUUACUAUGUAUCCCCCCCCACAAGACAUAUAUGUAUCCCCUCCUUCAGAAAUGCGACCUAAGAAAGUCACCAAGUGUCUUAAAGGGUUUUAUAUUUGUUACUAAGGAAACUAUUAAUACAUUGUAAAGGACUUUUAAAAACUUUGAA